CUGCUCUUUCCCCAGCCCCUAGAACAGUGCCUGACGCACAAGUGCUCCAGAAGUGUCAAGAGGAUGGAACCUUCCAUAAAGCCCCAAACAAGAUCCUGUGGUGUCACACAAGUCACUGACACUGCUUCCUAAGAGGUGGCCGACAGUUUCCCAAAUGACAAACCCCAGGUCACAUUUUUGGCGCCGUUUAAUUCACCACCGACAACGUUAAAACCUCCUCUUUCCAUCCCGAGCUGGGUGGAAAAGCGUAUUCAAAGGCAACGAAAUAUCUGCAAUGGGAUUUUCUAUCCAUCACCUCAUCCCUGCCCGCCCCCACAGACAUAACCCCCACCCCGGCGUCCGACACCGUCUCCUUGGCCUCUGGCUCCUUCCUUCCCCGACGAGUCGCUGACACCCAGGUCGGCUCUUACCUCCUCGGCGUUUCUCCCGCGCUACCGCCCGGGUCCCAGCCACCGUCCAAGGCAGCCGGCCCCGCAUCCCGCCUGCCGCCCCUACCGCGCCCCGGCCCGGUCCCUGGGGCGCAGUCCCGCCGCCUCUUCAAGUCGUCUCCGCGCGGUCCUCCUCCAGGAGGGCGACUUUGCGGCUCCUCACCUCCUACUCCAUCCUUGGGGACCGUCCCCGACCCUCUCCCCGCGACCGACCUACUUUAGCCCGUCGUCAACUUCUCGCUGUCUUUACGUUCCAGCGCGUUAUUUCAGAGCUGAAGCGGACGCUGACUAGAACAGAACGAAAGUCGCACGAGCAGAGUAGCGCACAGGGAAUAGCUGCGCUAAGGAACCGUGACGCCCCCGCCGUGGCCCCUGGGAAAUGUAGUUUCAGCACUGAAAGCGGCCAGUCGUGGUGUUGAAGGGCGAGGCCGUGUCUGCGCAAGCGCGCAAUAUCACUUUCUGCGCUGGCCGCCGCUUCGCCCUCUGGGAAGUGGAGUCUGGGAAGCCAGAAGGUAGCAGCCCUCUGACUUGCGGGUGUUCGGCUCCGCAGCUUCCCGGGCAACGCGCAAGCGCAGUUCCGACCCGGGCUGCCAACUCCAGCUCAUUGUGUUCCGCCUGCGAUGUGGCGGUUGCGGUUUCUCGCCACGGGCAGUGGCUCUUCAAAGGGCAAUCCGGUGGUGACCAGGUGUGUAGAAAUUUCUCGCUUAAGUCCCACUCUGCCAGUCCCUAAAAGGGCUUAUCAGAGAAGGAAUGGCUGUCAGGCGCCUGCCAACCAUGGUCCAGGAAUCAGUGACCUUCAGGGACGUGGUCGUGCUCUUCACCCAGGACGAGUGGGCACAGCUGAGCCCCACUCAGAGGGCCCUGUACAGGGAUGUGAUGCUGGAGAACUACAGCAACCUGGUCUCGCUGGGACUCUUAGGACCCCAACCAGAUGUGUUGUCCCAGCUGGGAAAAGGAGAAGAGUGGAUGCUGGAGGACACCUCGGCAGGCUUCUGUCUUGACUGGAUGACUAUGCCUGUGAGUAAGAAAUCUACUCCCAAGGCAGAUAUUCCUGGAGAAGACUUGGAUCGGUGGAUGGUAAAGGAAAGAUUUACUAGAGACAGUCACUGGAAAUAUGAUGGCCUGCUGGAAUGGCAGCAUGGAGGCCAGGUGGCUGUCACUCACCAGAAAACCCCCUCUGUGCUCAGUGACCAGGGAGGUGAUGAGCCUGGGAAGCACUGCACCGAGAGCUCAUCUUUUGUUCCAAGUCAGGGAUUGCAAUCUAGCAAAAAAGUCUUUGAGUGUAGAGAGUGUGGAAAAGUCUUCACUAAGAGUUCGACCCUUAAUAAACAUCAGAAAGUUCAUACUGAAAAACUUAAUGCAAAUCGGAAAACUGUUAUUAAAGAGAAACGAUAUGAAUGUAGAGAAUGUGGGAAAGCCUUUCACCAGAGUACACACCUUAUCCAUCACCAAAGAAUUCACACUGGCGAGAAACCGUACGAAUGUAAGGAAUGUGGCAAGGCCUUCUCGGUGAGCUCCUCGCUUACUUAUCAUCAGAAAAUUCACACCGGAGAGAAACCUUUUGAAUGCAACUUAUGCGGAAAAGCUUUUAUCCGAAACAUACACCUUGCACACCAUCACAGAAUACACACUGGAGAGAAACCUUUUAAAUGUAACAUAUGUGACAAAGCCUUUGUAUGCAGGGCACAUCUUACCAAACACCAGAAUAUUCACAGUGGAGAGAAACCCUAUAAAUGUAAUGAGUGUGGGAAAGCCUUCAACCAGAGUACAAGUUUUCUUCAGCAUCAAAGAAUUCACACUGGAGAGAAGCCCUUUGAAUGUAAUGAAUGUGGAAAGGCCUUCAGGGUGAACUCUUCCCUUACCGAGCAUCAGAGAAUUCAUACUGGAGAGAAACCUUAUAAGUGUAGUGAAUGUGGGAAAGCUUUCAGGGAUAAUUCAUCCUUUGCUCGACAUCGGAAAAUUCAUACCGGAGAGAAACCUUACAGGUGUGGUUUGUGCGAGAAAGCCUUCAGGGACCAAUCUGCCCUAGCCCAACAUCAGAGAAUUCAUACUGGGGAAAAACCAUACACAUGUAAUAUAUGUGAGAAAGCCUUCAGUGACCAUUCGGCCCUUACUCAACAUAAGAGAAUCCACACUAGAGAAAAACCUUACAAAUGUAAAAUCUGUGGGAAAGCCUUUAUUCGAAGCACACACCUUACUCAACAUCAGAGGAUUCACACGGGAGAGAAGCCCUAUAAAUGUAAUAAAUGUGGGAAAGCUUUCAACCAGACUGCAAACCUCAUUCAGCAUCAGAGACAUCAUAUUGGAGAAAAGUGAUAUGACUAUAUAUAGCAGAGCUUUGAGACUGAAUAUGUUAAUUAUUGAAUGUACGAGAAUCCAUUCCAGGAAAUAGCCAUGAAAGCUUGCCCGAAGAUGGUCUUUUUAUUCACAUUAUUGUGGGUUUGAGAAUUUAAGAAUGGCAUGCACUCCUAGUUCAGAACUGCCUCUGUUAAAUAGCAGUAGUGUUUUACUGAAUUACUGAAUUGUCAAAUAUAACCAAAAUGAAGCUUCAUUAGCAACACAGAAA